GGUAUUUUCGUUUGUUGGUUAAAACGAAAAAUCUAACUAACAAAACGUACACGGAGUCACGGACCCUGUGUCCACCCUCCUGUGCAGCAGGCGGCGGUAUGCCCCGGCCUUCAGGCUGUCAGAGGAAGAAAGAACAUUCCAGAGCUAACAGCCCGACCCGCGAGCCGUGAGUGUGGAGAACAGAGAUCACUGAGGGAUGGUAUGGACCUUUACUGAACAGGAAACACUGGAGUAAAUCAUGGAGUCCGGUCACCUCCUCUCUCCUGAAUCCACGGUGACGUCCCUGCUGUCCAGCUCCAGUCACCUGAGGAGCAGCCUGCUGGCUCCUGAACACAACUCCACCUUCAGAUACAGAGAUAAGAACUACACCUCGGCCUCUGCGGCGUUGGACGCCUACAUCUCAGACUUUGAGCGGAGUCGGAGCAGCCAGUUUGUUACGGGGGGGCUGGUUCUGCCUCACAGUCUGCCCUCCACGCCGAGGGGACCCAGAGCGAGCACGCUCAGAAACACAGAUGUUCUCAGGGAACAUUUGACCGACAGAGAGCUGGACUUCCUGAACCUCCCCGUUAGCUCCCUCCAUCACCGUGGCAACAGAGAUAGACUCUCUAUGACUACAGACGAGCUGCUAUCUAUUCCUUAUGACGGCUCGAUGCCUGUCACGCACACCUCCGCCUUCCUCCAAGGUCUCCUGUCACAGUGCGGAGCCCCCCAGCCCAGAGCAGCACACAGGAACCGGGACAGACUCAGCAGCAGCCACCCUGCCCCCCAAAUGAAGUCCCACCACCCCCAUCCAACCAGAAGCUCCAGGUGCAGAGGCAGACCGGGGGCAGUCAUGAUGAAUCCAGACGUUGACAUGGUCUCCCCCCACAGGCAGUGUGCACAGAGAGCAGACCCCUCUGUGUGUCUGCACCUCCCCCGCUGGUUUACCUCCAACAAGACCGACAUGGACUGUUCUGGGAUCAGCAGUGUGCCGGACCAGAAGUACCCAGCCUGGAUCCAGCGCUGUGAUGUCAGCGAGCGGCCCCCACCCUCAGAGUCAGAUUUGUGGGAUGAGCAAGAUCCCAGAGGUGGCGCUCCUUCCUGGGUAGCAGAGCUGGACCAUGAGGAUCAGACCCUUUCACAGCUUGUGUGUGUGCAGGUUGACAGUCGGCAGACUCUGAGAGAUCUGAGGCUUCAGUUAGCUGAACACAUCUCUCUACUCGCUGCAGAGAACAACAGAUCGGGCAUUGUGGAAACUAUGUUCAGAGACAACAGGCUGGAGUCUCUGAUCCAGAAAGCCGAUCAGGUGCUGAGCUGUCUGACUCACAAUCCUGCAGUAGGUGGAGCUGAUGGAGCUGUCAGUCCAGCGAACACUGAGGAGCUGCUUUCUUCCUCUCACUGUUGUCCACCCAUCAGGGACUCUGUGACAGUGGGGGGUGUCACAGAGGCUGGGACUGACAGAGGGGCUCAGGGGCCGUGCUCCGGACUCCAUGGAACCGGCGUGUUUAAGCAGCCAGGUCCAGUGGAGGCUCUGAAACAGAUGCUGUUCAGACUGCAGGCGGUGGAGGCGGAGCUUCAGAGACAACCACAGGCUCCAGCUGCUGCAACACCUGCUGACAGGCUGCACACAGAGGAGGCUCCACUGAAGCAGACUGCCAUGUUCCGCCCAUGUUGUGUUCAAGGACGGCCAGGAAAAACAGUCAGGAGUCAGGAAAAACUAGAUCUGAAGGUGGGGCAGAUCUGGAGACUUUUCCUGGUGGACCUUCACUCCAGAGAGCUAUGCAUCACCUGAGCCGUCUGAAAGUGCUGGUGGAAGAACCCAAAGAGAAACCCAAAGAGGAAAGAGGGCAGAAGGAUGAAGAUGAAGGACGUUACUCCUCUUCCUCUGCUGACGGACUCUCCUGCACCCAGCUGAAACCCUCCUGAAGCUGAAGUCCUCUUCCAGAGCGAGGGCCUUCGGUUAGUGUGGCCCUCAACCCUCAGGCAAUGUGGACCUCAGAGUCCUCUCUGUCCUCUGGGACUGUUGGCUGUCACCUCCAGCAGCAACAUCACAUGGUCUUAGGUUACUUCCGUUCUGGAGUUGUGUGUUGGAUGAAAAGGUGCAAUCCUCUAAAAAAAUUACUCGGCCAGAGACUAAAUCAAAUUAUUUUUUUAAAUAUGUUCAAGUUGUUUAAAGUGUUAAAAAAAAAGCUUUAAAACAUUGGAUACAGCUCACAGUUGUGGAAGUUUGAAACUUGAAAAAGGACAAAAAAAUAUAGACCAAAUAAACGUUUUGUAAGUCCUCUUGUUUGACAUUUGACCGGGGUUACAGGAAAUGAUGGUUCCUAAAGCUCUAAUACAAUAAAAGGGAUAUCAGAUGGAAAGAGCUGUUGGAUGGUGGAUUGUUUUACUUUUGAUGGAGCUAGACCUCCGCUUCCAGUUUUGUGCUGGUUCUGCAGCGUCUCAGUGAUGUUAAAGACAAUCCCUCUCUGAAGGAAGAAAUGACCAAACAGAUGUGCUAAAAGUGUCAUAUUGAGAUCAGAAAUAGCCAAUAUGAAUAAAGGACAUAAUGUUGUUUGUUACUGCACUGACAUUUUCUUCAAUGAUAACUCUUUCUAUAAAUAGCCAAGCUAUCAGCGAUGCUGUCCGGGUGGCAGUGUCACAUUGCUAGUUGGAUACAUUAAUGCAUUAACAUGUUAGCAUUCUGUCAAGUAAAACUGCUAAAACUAAACCUAAGCUUGGAAAUGUGUCAGAACCCAUUCAUUUUAUAUUUUUUUAUUUUGCUAUACAUCAGCAUGUUUACCAUGGAUGUGAGCAUGCUAACUGGAGCAUUUUAAAAUAUGAACGUUAACAAGUGAACAUGUCAACUGUCACUGUAGUCAUAUUAACAUGCUAUCAUUAAAAUGUCUAAAUGCCAA